AGCAGUGCCCCAGACUCGUUUCAGUGAUCGCAACUGCAUCAGCUGGAGGGUGGUGGUAAGGUUGCUGCCGAACGAUGACUUCCACUGAGAAGAGCCCACUGAUUAGUAACCAUGGAAACCAAGAUGCCGUAGCAAGCAAGCACCUCAAGUCUCCUGUUGGUCCCAAUCAGUCUGAAGAUGAUGAGCGUUCAUCUUUGGGCGAUGUGGAAGCAGACGCACAAUGGCUGGAGAACAAGAACAAAUCUCUUUACAGCAAGUUUAAAGAACACAUCCCUGGAUCAAAUUUAUCUGGCGUAUCCGGUUCAAGCGUUGGUAACAACAUCGCAGGUGGAGACAGCAAACGCAGGAAACCGUUCCACUACUCUUCCGUUCCAACCUACGUGACGGACGACGGUAAGAUAGAACAUGCUGUAGAUGAUAAGACUGCCGCCACAUUCAAUCGCUAUCGUUAUUACAGCCGUCUUGCUGGAAGCCCAAGCCAAAGUGAUAACACACUGGAUAUCCCAGAUCACGUUCUACCUCCAUUCCUCUUAUCUGUUGAGUUACCAUUCAAAGAUAAAGAAGGCAAGCAAGGAAGCAUCAUUACUGUAUUCUCCAUCUGGAACACCAUGAUGGGAACAUCUCUGCUGAGUAUGCCAUGGGCGAUUCAACAAGCUGGGUUCGUCAUGGGUCUAGUACUACUCAUCGGAAUGGCCGGACUGACUCUAUACACAUGCUACAGGGUGGUACAGUCUGUAGAUAAAUUAGAGAGUGGAGGUAAACUUGUAGAGUUCUCAGAUGUUUGCCGAGCCUACCUCGGUCGUUGGGGCGAGUAUACCGCCAUAUUCUUCUCCUUAUCAGCCCUGAUGGGGGCCAUGAUUGUCUACUGGGUUCUCAUGUCUAACUUCAUGUAUAGCUCAGUCAGUUUUAUCUACGGUCAUGUGGCAGGAAUCCCUGAUGCAGAGAAUGCCAGUGCCUUAAUAUGCGCUAUACAUAAAAACUCAACAGAUCAAUUUCAUGAAAACAUCAUGACAGAUCUUACAGACGAGACAGAGACGAUGUUUGAUAGAGUCUGGAGUAAAACUCACACAGUGCCUUUAUUCUUGUGUCUUCUCAUCCUACCAUUAGUCAACUUUAAAUCCCCCACCUUUUUUACCAAGUUCAAUGCAUUAGGUACACUAUCUGUGAUGUUUCUUAUUGUGUUUGUGUGUGUUCAAGCAGCACAGUUCGGCGGCUUCCAUCUUGAUUUUGAAAAUGAGGAGUCUGUGCAUUACGCAGCACUGUUUAGUGGAAGGUUCCCAACGCUCAGUGGCAUCUUAGCAUUGGGUUAUUUCAUUCAUAUGUGCAUCUCCUCAAUCCUCCGGACUCAAAUUCAUCCAGAAAACAAUGGUCGUGAUAUGACCAUUGCCUACAUUCUGGUUGCAGCUACCUACACAUUUGUUGGGGCCUUAUUCUAUGCUACGUUCCCACUACAGAAAGAUUGCCUUGCGGAUAAUUUAUUAGAUAACUUCGCCCAUGGAAACGUACUAGCAUUCACCGCUAGGCUGUUUUUGCUCUUCCAAAUGGUGACACUCUUCCCUCUGCUAGUGUUCAUCUUUCGUAUCCAGUGCCUGGACCCGCUGUUUGGACACGCAUACCCAAGCUGGAAGCAUGUCCUUGGCCUCAACUUUAUACUGAUGACUGUAGCUGUGUUAUUUGCCGUCUUCCUACCACAGAUUGGUACCAUAAUCAGAUUCUCUGGAGCCUUCUGUGGCCUGGCCUAUGUCUUCACUCUUCCCUGCGUUGUCUACAUGUUGGAACUAAAGCAACAGAAUAAGCUAACCUGGCCAAUCAUCAUCAUCCAUUCCUGUAUUAUCGGACUCGGAGUCGCCAACUUUGCAGCUCAAUUUGUCCUUCUUGCCAUCUAAUGAUGAGACCAAUCUAAGUCAAGUCUUCAUGUUAAAAAAAAUCAAGGGUACAAAAAGACGUUGAAUUUCAAGUUGGAUACAUAUGCACAAGUGCUGAACGCUUCCAUGGCUGCACUGCCAUUUUGGGGCUCUGGAAGCGCAAUGUUUUGCACACAAAGACAUGGAAAACCUGUUUUACUUUGAUGUCUUCGUCAAUGAUGUUCACACUUUCUCUGACAGGACUGCAUGGUAACAUUUUGUGCAAUAUGUUAUGGGCUAUGAAUAUACCACUUUCAUUGAAUGCUUACUACUGGAGUCCUGCUGUCUUUAGAACAGAAUAUACUUAUUAUUUGAAAUUAAACAGAUUCAAUUCAAUUCCUGCAUCCGGCGACCCAGCAAUUUUGGCACAGCCAUGACAGCGUGCCCUGAUGCACACAUGGAUCAAGUUUGUGGAAGUGUCAGGGCCGAGCAGUUAAGAGCACCGAAUUCAAACUCUGGUGUUUCUGACCAGCAGAGUGUGGGUUU